AUGAAUUCUAAGAAAAUCGAAGAACUGGAUAAAACAACUAACCAUUUAGACAAUAGUAGAAACAAUAUGUAUAGUUGCACAUUUAUGGAAAAAGGCGAUGAAGAUAAUAUUCUUAAUUCAACUAUUCUCAAAAUGAAUAAUACUGAAAAAGGUAUAUCUUUCCAGACAAUAGAGGAAGAAAUAAAAGACAAAAAUAAAAUAAGUAAUAUACCAUCCGACUAUGCAGAAAAAGAAAAGUAUUGUUUUAAUGAAUUAUUAUAUACAAAGCAAAAUGGUUAUAUUAAUAUAAUUGAAAAAGAAGAUAAACCAAUUCAAGAAAUAUUAACAGAUGAUAAAAAAAAUAUUUCUGAGAUAGAUAGUUCCAAGUCAGAUAAAAUGGAUCCAUGUUUAUCAUCACAAAAAGUUGAUGAAGAAUAUAAAUAUGGAGAUAAUUAUAAUAUCAAUGGUGAUAACCCUGUACAUAACUCUGACGAAAUUAAUGAAGACUCUAAAUGUGAAUGUUCGUUUUUUAUUAGUAAAUGUGAUUAUGAGAAAGAUUCGGAUGCUAACACAAAUGGCCCCAAAAAAAGUUGUAAAGAUUCAGAGGAAAAUAUAAAUUAUUAUAAUAAUAAUUUAUUAUUAGGAAUAUCUGAAAAUAAGGAUACAUUAAUAAAAUGUGAUAAAAUAUUUGAGAGAAGUUACUAUUCAACGUCAGCAUCUACAGUUUUAGCUAGCAACGAGAAUGAACAAAAUUUGCAAAAUAUAAGUAGUUAUGAAACAGUUAGUUCAAUGAAUGAAAAAAUAAAAUUGGAUGGUAAUGGUAAAUAUGAAAAAUUGGAAAAAGAGCAAACAUAUAUUAUGAAUAAAGAAACAAAUGUUAUUAACCCCCAAGAUUAUUCUAUACAUGAUAUUGGUACAUAUAGGGAUGAAUGUAUUAGCUAUUUAAAUAAAAUAAAAGAUAUUCCUCAUAAUAUCGGAAGUCAAAUUAAUAGCUAUCAAAAUAAUAAUAUUAUAGGCAAUAACAAUUUUAAAGAUAAAAGUUAUUUAAUACAUGAAAAUGAUUUUUUCGAUGUAGAAACAAAAAAAAAAAAUAUUUUGCAAAAUUACUUUUUAGUAAAUAACAACAAUGAAAUUAAUGCAAAUGAAGAUAUGAACAAUAGAAGUGAUGAUCUUAAAAAUAUUGAAGCAGUUGCUUCCGAUCUAAAUGAGAUAAUAGAAGAGGAUACGAUACAAAAGAAAAUAAAUAUAAGUAAGAAUUGUAAAAUCGAAGAAAAUAUCAACAUGAACAUUAAUGAUCAUAAUAAAAACGCAGUAUUUAACUUUAAUAUAAACAGACAGCUAUUUCAUGACAAUCAGGGGGAUGAAAAUAUGUAUAAAACAAAUUUUAAUACCGAAAAUAAUAAAUCGAUCAAUAUAAUUAACGGUAUGAGCAAAGAAGUUUAUGAACAGAAUUCUGGUGAUAUUCAUGCCCAAGUUGAAAAUAUAAAUAACAUAGAACAAACAACAAAUAAUAUUAUUGAAAAUAAUAUGAUGAUUAUUCAGGGGUCAGAUGAUUUGAGAUUUACAACAUUGAAUUGUAUUAAUGAUAAUAGCAACACAGAUAUAAUGAAAUGUAAAAGAAAAAUAAAGAAUGAUGAAAAUAGAGAAAAUAUAAUGAUUAAAACGGAUCAAAAAAAUAUAAAAAUGAAAGAUGAAUUAGAUGAAGAUGAUAAAGACGAACUAUAUGGUAUUCCAGAUAAAAAAAGAAGAAAGAAAAAUAAAAAAAAAAAAAUUCCGGGAAGAGUAUAUAAAGUAAUUGUAAGAGGCAAAGAAUGUUGGAGAGCUGAAUGGCUUGUCCAAAAAAAUCAAGAAAAUAUUGAAAGGGAGAAAGAAGAAAGUAAAAUGGAUAGAUAUUCUAUAAUGAAGUUAGAAAAUACAAAAGAUGUUGAUAAAAAUAUAAAUAAAAUGAAUACACCAAAUUUCCAAAAAAAAAGUAAACAAUUUUCAGUAUCGGUAUAUGGUUAUGAAAAUGCACGAUUGUUUGCAUUAUUUGAGUUAAUAAAAUAUAAUUCAGUUCCUGAUAGUUUAAAAGAAGAAGCAAGUAUAUGUAUUCAUAAUAUUAAAAGAAAUAUUAUGAACUCAGAAAAUUCAUCGAAUAAAUCAUUUAGUGGUCAUUUUUUACAAUUUCUAUUGGCUGAUGAAAACAAUGAAUAUUCUUCUUUGCUUUAUAAAAGAUUAGAAGAUAAUGUUAUACAAAAUGUCAACAAAUAUAGUAUGCAUGAAAUGAAUAAUAUAAAUCGAAUGAAUUUAUUUCAGACGCAAGGGAAAGAAAUCGGGUUUAGGAAUGAAAAAUAUUUCACUGUUCAAUAUGAUAAUGAAAAUGGACAUGGAAAUAAUAUAGUAGAUGGAACAAUUUGGAAUAUUCAGAAUAAUGAAAGAAAUUUAUUUUAUAACAAUAAUAAUAAAUGUAGAAAUGAUUAUUAUUACAACAAUUCCAAUGAUAUAAUUAAAAUGAAAAAAGAGAAUAAUGAAAAAUUAACAACUUUCAAUGAUAAUAAUUUUUAUAAUAAAGCUAAUUAUAUUAAUAGAUAUAAUAAUCCAUAUGUUAGUAAUAAUAAUCCUUCUAUUCAUAACUUAAACAAUUUAGUAUACAACAUAAAUUCUUAUGAUUUUAAUCCAAUGCAUAUUAGAAAUGGGUAUGGAAAUGAUAGCAAUUCUACAAUAAAUAUAUCGAGCCCAAAUUCCAAUUAUCAUCGAGGUUUUGGCGAAGAAAAGGAUAUCCAAAAAAAAAAAAACUUUUUCAAUAUAAAUAAUACACGAAAAUAUGUUGGUGAUAUAAAUAAUAAACCAAUGGAUGGAUUUAAACAAAACCUUUUUGAAAAGGUUCUUAACAAUUUAGAGAACAAUAUGGGAAACAAUAACCUAUAUAAUUACAAUUCACUUGAACAUCAUAUAAAUUCAAAAGUGAAAUCAACUUAUCCAUACAACAAUGAUAAUAUUACUAAUGAUCCAGCCAAUACUACAACUAUGAUUAGUCAUGGGGCUAAUAAUAAUCAAAUAAGUAAUGAAACUGAAAUACGAAAUUCUCAACAGAUUUUGCAUGACAAUUUAUUAGUGUACAGAAAUUUUAUGAAUCCAAGUUCAUGUGACAUUGGCAAUGUUGAUAAGAAUAGUGAAAACGAUCGAGGUGAAAAAAUGGCUUCGAAUUUUGAAGGGGCAUUCUUAAAUAAAAGCAAUAUUGUAUUUAAGCAGAAUGCCAAUUUUGAUCCGUUUCUUGGAAGAAAUGUGAGCAAUAUAAACACCUAG